GCCGAGCUCGAGGCCAGGCUUUGCGCCAGGCACAGACCGACGGACCGCGAAGGCGGCACAAUAUCGCAGCUUCUUAACGCGGCGCCCCGCCGCGAUCACGCAGCGCCUCCUUCGGAGCAGCCCCGUUGCUCCGCUGAUAAAAACCAGCACACCAAGCUCCAGGCACGAGACCAGGCGACGCCGGCGCCGUCCGUAAGUGCGUCAAAGAUGGUAAAAGGAUGGGAGCCGACGAAUUUCGACCCCAACUACGAAAACUUCGCCAACGCCGGCUGGACCAAGUACGAGCACGACGGCCGCGAGAUCACCAACCUCUACAUAAACAACAGCGUGUCCCCGACCAAACUCGCCGUCUUCCGGCGUGUAUAUGAUGCAGACGGCCAGCAAUCUAGAGAAUGGUGUCAUCGCGAUUUCUCGAAGAAGAACCUAAAAGCGUUUGUCCGCACGUUAGCUUCUGCGGGCCGGAUCACUUCGGUCGCAAACGACCGAAUUCGUCACGUCGUGGACGGCCUCAUGAAAGAGGAGGGCGGCAUCGAACUUGACGAGGGCCGCUGCGCCGAGCUGGAAAAAAGGUACGCCCAAGCAAUGAGCAAAGACCUGAGCGAUGACAUCGCUGCGCUACGGGCCGCCAUGAGGGCCGAGGCGAAGGAAGACUUGGAACACCUCAAAGGGAUGUGUGAAAGGUAUAGGAAAAAAUAUUUCCGUGAUUCUCUGGAACCGGGCGACCUGGCCCCGCCGACGGGGGAGCGCGCAAUGGCUCUCGCUCUCGUCAACUACCCGGAGGUUUGCAGGGAGAUUAUGAAGAAAUUCUGCGCAUACGGGGCGCGGCGGCUGGAGGGCGGCCUCCUGGACGACGUGCGCAAUUAUCUGAGAGACUCGCAGAUACUACACAUGAUGGUGAAGAAGGCCUACCCGAAGCUGUCGGACAAGGACGUCAAUAAGCUCUGCCGCAAGGGGACGAAGACGGAACGGGCGCUCAUUCACAUCGACCACUACAUCGCACAAUUAGGCGACGGCCCCCACCACUUCGUCGCCAUGAUUGGAGGUCCGAAUAUGUCGUUCGGCGCUUCGCGGCGCCACAUCGCGAAGGAUUUGUACGUGACGCAGGAGGUCGCGGACGCCAUCCGCGCGGCCGCGCUGGAGACGAUCCGGGGCGUCCGAGCGGUGAUUCGCGAGGGUCCCGCGAACGGCGGCGGCGACGAGGGCGAGGAGGAGGCGAUGGCGUAGAGAAGGCGCCGGUGCC